UUUGUUCAUUAAUUAACUUUAAAACUGCUCCAGCGUAUAACCUUACUAAUUAUUUAGACUUUCUCAUAAAAGAAAUAUUCAACACGAAUACUGAUACUUCUAUAAAAAAAACACAUGGUUUUAUUAAUAAAAUUAAUAUUGUGCCAGGUUACAAAAUGAUUUCUCAUGACAUUAAAAAAAGCAUAUACAUCCAUUUCUAAACAAGAGACAGUAACUUUUUUAAAAAAUAAACUUGUACAUUGCAAUAAAUUUAAUACAAACGUACUACAAGAGAUUAUUCAAUGAAUAAAUGUAAUUAUUAAUCAGAACUAUUUCCAAUAUAAUAAUAAUAAUAAAUUAUAAUCGCAAAAAGAUGGAUUAGUUAUGGGUGGUAGUUAACCCUUCAUUGCAUGCAAGGGCACUGAUGCAUCGCAUAGUUAUAACAGAUUGGGUAUUAUUAGCCGGGUUUAUGCUGAUAAUAGUUUAAUAUUAUGUUUUCUACAAAGUGAAUACGUGUUGUCGUGUUAUCCGCAAAGUCGGUCAUCUGUGUAUGUAUGACAUGUAACCGAACGUUAUCUAUUCCGAAAAUAAUAACGAAAAAAUUAUCAACACACGGGAAAACAUGUCUGUUUUUAGCCUAUGACAAUUAGCAAUUAUAUGUUUAUAGUGGGGAAUUUAAAAACACGUUUUAUCUAACAAUGCAUAGAUGCAUUUCCAUGCAGUAAACGCACUACGUAAUAGUCACAUUAUAUGAUAUUGUGUAAUUACUCCCAUUGUCACUACGUAGUUACGAUAGUUAAAUGUUGUAUUAUUUUCGUUUAUUUUUUGAUUUUCAUUAUUUCUCGUAAUUUGGGGAAUAAUCUGGACAAAAUUAUUCUUAUUUUAAACAUUCCAAGUGACAGCGAAGAGGAGUACGGUGAUAUCGGUCUAAGUGACGACGAAAAUUUUUAAUUACCGGUAGGUACCUACCUAGUUAUUUUUACUAGUAUAGAUUGAAUGUUCUUUAGGUUGUAUAUUUUGGUUAUAAUACAUUUUUAUUUUAAACCUCAGGACAUAAUUCUAAACGAUAGCCGCUUUCUUGAAAAUAUAGUAGAAGAUAAUAUUUUAAAUUAUCCCGUUCAUUUGGUUGAAAGUGAUGAUCAACGAACUGUACAAUCUACUAGUCAAAUUCCUAUUGUUAUCGAAGUCCCUGCAGCUUUUGAAACUUUACCGUCUUUUCCACCCCCCUCACAACAAGUCCAAUUGCAUAAUAGGAGAAAUAGUAGAAGACGUAGGAGUACUGGUAAUUCUAAUAUACCAGUACGAACUGUAAACCGGUCUAGUAUUCGAAAAAAAUAAAAAAAUUGAAUCUAACUUGGAGGAAAGGUAAUUUUAUUCAAAAUCCCGGGUUUAUUAAGUUUACUGGGGAAGAACCAAUGCCGUUCUGUUUCACAGAAAUUACUACGUCUAGAGAAUUUUAUUCUUAAUUUUUAGACGAUGAUUUGUUACAUCACAUUGCGGAACAAUUUACGUUGUACAGCAUUCGAGUAAAUGCUGAAAAGGCGUAUAAAAUAUCAAAAAGUGAUGUAAAACAUUUCGUAGGUAUUCUUUCUAUGAUGUCAAUCGAUCAUGGUCCUAAUACAAAAUCAUAUUGGUCUGAAAAUACUGGGAAUAGCGUCAUUAGGAACUGCAUGGGUGUAAAUGUAUUUGAAAAUACAAGACGAUAUUUACUUACAUUUCAAUGAUAAUACUCAUGAUUUGCCUAGAGAUAAUGUAGACCGUGAUAGACUUUUCAAAGUUCGACCUCUUAUUACUAAACGAAAAAUUAGGUUCUGUCCCAAUGGAAGAAAAUAUUUCAUUGGAUGAGCAACAAUUAUGUCCCGCAAAAGCGAUUUCGUACCUAAAACAGUAUCUUCCUUUGAAACCUCUGGGGUUAUAAACUGUUUGAGGUCUGUGGUAUGCAUACAAUUUCGAAAUUUAUACUGGUAACGAAAAUAAAGAGACUAACCGUUUACCAAAUGAACCGGAUUUUGGAGCCACAGGAAAUGUAGUAAUAAGGAUGACUAAAAAAAUACCUGUAAAUGCCCAUCAUAAAUCACUUUUCGAUAAUUAUUACACAUCAUUACCGGUUAUGGUAUAUCUCAGAAAAAAAAAAAAUCUCAAAGUUGUUGUGAGUAGACCUAAAAUAAUUCUAUAAUAAGCACAUGGGUGGAGUUGAUCUUAUGGAUUCGAUGAUUGGGCGGUACAGGAUAAACAGGAGAUCAAAAAAAUGGUAUAUGAAAUUUUUUUAUCAUCUUGUGGACAUGUUUAUAGUUAAUGCUUGGAUGUUAUUUAAGAAAGUAACUGGGAAAAAAAAUUCAAUUGCCGCAGUUUCAUGAACAAUUAUCUGUCGUACUUUGCAAAGAUUCUUUGAAUAUAAAAAAGAAAGAUAGAAGAUCACAGGAAUCGGUUGAACAAAUGCAAGAUAAAAUUCAAAGAAGAAAAAAGAGGACACCAAAAGCAGCAAUUCCGCCAGAAGAAUUUUGUACGGAUAAUAUACAACAUUGGCCAUAAUUUGAAAAAAAAAAUAGAAGAGUAUGUAGGCAUACUGGAUGCAUAACCAGUCAUUUGUCAAAUGUUCUAAAUGUAAUUUAUUUUUGUGUUGUAACACAGAAAGAAAUUGUUUCACCAAAC